GCAGGCGGUCUUCUCUGGUUGGUAUUUUUUAUGAACGUUGCGGUCGUCUGUUUUGCUGAGAUUUCAAUCACGGAUGAUGGCUCGAAGACAAGCUCAGUGGAAACGAGACACAGUGGUAGUAAGUCGAAACAUCGACAUCGGCGCGAAAAUGGCGACAGUGGUGAAGACGAACGUCCCACCGGCGGCGGAGGACGAGGACAAGGACGAACAAACACCGGUACUGGCGAUGAUGGCGAAUUGGAGAAUUUCAUUGCACUGGCUCCGGACGAAGCGGAUAUUUAUAACUUUUCCAACAAUCUCAUCAACGCGGUGGACAACGAUGGUGGCGGUGGAACCGAGAAUGCAAAUGAAGUGAAUCCGUUUAAUGAAUUUCUUAAUCCUCGCCACACUACGCAACAGCAGCAACAGCUGCUGCUACCGCCACCGGAAGAUCCAUGGAGUGCGGAUCUGGAUGAGCAAUUGCCACCUCCGGAGCCACAGCAGCCAGAUGAUGUGGAACGAGAGAUGAACAACGAAGUGGACAAGAGCACCAGUCUUGAGCCACUGAACCGGAACCAAAAGCAGUUGCCGGUUGAGAGUCCACUGAUGGCUAGCAGUAUCGAUUUCCUCAACUCCAUAGACGGUGGCUAUCUGCUGUCGAACGGGAUUAUCGACGAGAAGGGUACCAAAUUGAUAGAUGAUAGUGGCUUGCAAACGUUGAAACCAGCUGGUAUCGGAAGCGACGAGGCAAGGGAAGGAGGUGGAGAAGUAGUAAACGAUGAUGACAUUUUCGAGCAGAUGCAGAAGAAGGCGAAAUCCUAUCGGUUGAAGCUAUAUAAGAAACACAAAAAUUUUAAGCACAGCCAUCACCAUCGGGGCGGAUACUACCAUCCUUCCAUGUAUCAGCAUCAUCACCAUCACUACUCCCGGCAGAAGAUGCUUGAGAGGGAGCGAGAUCGCUGGAAGCAAAUUCACGACCAGAUGCCAAGGGUAAACAACCAGGGCCAGAUCCGAUACUUCGAUAGUUCCAACAAACUGGAGACAAAAGACGACAUUAAAGCUCAUAUCGACGGAUACUCGAGCCCUUCCAGUCCCCAAUGGCCCCAUUUCGAUAAGGUUAUACACUCGCUUAACAAAGAACAACCACCAGAUAACAUCCCGCCCUACAUUAAGAAGUACAACCGACGCAAUAAACAGUUGAUUGAUUUGCUGGAGGGCACCAUUGCUCCACUUUCCGAGUACAACCAGCGCCAUCACGAGAGGAAGUAUAACCGUAGAAAAAAUCCCCUUGAAGAUUUGUUCGAAGAGCAGCGCCCCAGCCAGAACAAUCUCGGACUGCAGCGGAACUACAUACAGGAAACGAUUCAAUCCUCCACCGCUCACUCCAAUUCACUUCCUGGCGAAGGGAUCCACAUAAUCUACGACAAAAAGCACAACGAGGAUGGUCACGCCUAUGGGCAUCCCACGAUGGCCGCCGACCAUCCCUACAAACUUUCGUCCCGGGCCGGUCAGUUUGUGUAUCAUCGGGUGGUUUCGCCCCAACCGGUCGGAAAUGGUUAUGGACGCUUGAAGCGCCAACGGCUUCCGUUCGUAGCAAUAACCGACCGCCGUCUGGGAGCCCCUCCGAAACGUCGCCCCAACAGCAGUAGCAGCAGCAUUAACAACAGCAACUCCGGCAGCAACAAUCUACUGAAUCACCAACCGAUGCCUUAAGCUAAGCACAUGGGACACUAACUUCAGCACAAAGCGCCAACACAACACAAAAAACACCGCGUUCCACUCUGAAAUUUCGACGAAAAUCAAAUCACAGCCACACUAGAACACAAAUACACGUACACCCUCUGCGGUUCCGGGUCGCUCUCGGCUCCGGGAUUCGCGUUCAAGGCAGCUGCUCCUUUCUAGAAAGCGCCCCCUGUUUUCUAGAAAAGGCUACACACCCACAUACACACAUACACACGAACAUAUUUCAAUUUUGUGUUUCUUUCAAAUGCUACUACCAGUUGGCACACAUUCUCGAACGCUAACGGAUGGGAGAAAACCCGACAACACUAAGCAUGAAAACACUAAACUAUGACAACGGCACACAGAGUGUGUCCUUUGUGUACCGGCACUAAAAUCUCACCUAUUGGCUUCGCCGUCUUCGUCACCCACCUUGCGGGAGCAAUCAAUUGGAAAGUUAUGCAC